UGAGAUACAGACCGACGAGACGAGCCAACCUAUCAAUUAUAUACAUAUAUGCAUUACUUGUGAAAUAUUCCCCUACUGGGAGAUAGCCAAUAAAAGUGAUAAGAAUAUAUAUAAGGAAAUAUAACUCUCGUCUUUUUACCAUGCGGGUAAUCGGCAGUUAAAAAUAAGAAGAGUUAAAUACUGGAUAUAUGUGUAGACCACACGCCAACAAAACUAACCACAAUUAAGAAAAAAAAGUAAUGCUGUAUGCUGUAUCAUCUGCGGCACAACUGGCUUGCUCGUCUAGUUCUCAUUUUUUAAAAAAGUUGACAUUUUUAUGAUAUAUUUUUAUGAAGAAAGUAUUUAAAUAAUAUAUUUUAUAAGACGAACAAUUUUACUAAUUAAAAUGCUUGCCACAAACGUCGCAAAGGUGGGUUGCCUAGGCAGGUAUCGAGCCUACAGUACCGCAGUUAAUUUGAAGGAUGUCGUUAUCGUCAGUGCAGCGAGGACACCCAUGGGCUCAUUUCUCGGUUCUUUAUCUUCUCUUUCCGCAACAAAACUCGGUGCUGUUGCUAUCCAGGCUGCUAUAGAACGAGCUGGAAUCCCUAAAGAACAAAUCCAGGAAGUUUACAUGGGCAAUGUAUGUCAGGGCUACUUGGGACAAGCACCUGCAAGACAAGCAACUCUUUUCGCUGGACUUCCGAAAUCGACGAUUUGUACAACAGUGAACAAAGUAUGCGCCAGUGGGAUGAAGAGUGUCAUGUUAGCAUCCCAAGCUAUUCAAUGUGGUAAUCAAGAUAUUCUUAUCGCUGGUGGAAUGGAAUCCAUGUCAAACGUACCAUUUUAUCUCAAGAGAGGUGAUACAACCUACGGUGGAAUGAAACUCGAGGACGGUAUUGUUUUUGAUGGACUGACCGACGUUUACAACAAAUGCCAUAUGGGAAAUUGUGCGGAACAUACUGCAAAAAAAUUUGGUAUUUCUCGCAAGGAUCAAGAUGAUUUUGCUAUUGGUAGUUACAAAAGGAGCGCGGCUGCAUGGCAACAGAAUUUAUUCAAAGAUGAGAUUGUUCCGGUAAACGUAGCCCAGAAAAAAGGAAAACCCGAUGUCGUUGUUGCCGAGGACGAGGAAUAUAAACGCGUCAAUGUGGACAAGUUCCAUACCCUUCGAACGGUUUUCCAAGAAAACGGAACAGUUACAGCAGGAAAUGCAUCCACCUUGAAUGACGGAGCUGCUGCUUUGCUUUUAACAAACUCCGAAGUAGCCCAAAAGCUCAAUUUGAAACCUCUGGCCAGAGUCGUGGGAUUUCAAGACGCAGCAACAGAUCCUAUAGAUUUUCCAAUUGCUCCUGCACUGGCUAUACCCACGUUGCUGAAAAAUGCGAACGUGAAUAAGGACGACGUUGCUUUGUGGGAAAUAAACGAAGCUUUCAGUGCAGUUGUUGUUGCCAAUCAGAAACUCUUGGAAAUAGACCCUUCAAAAAUAAAUGUUCACGGAGGUGCGGUUUCACUCGGACAUCCAAUUGGGAUGUCCGGUGCUCGAAUAAUCGUUCAUCUCGUCCAUGCCUUGAAAGCUGGAGAAAAGGGGGUCGCUUCGAUUUGUAAUGGCGGUGGUGGAGCUUCUUCGAUACUUAUUGAAAAAUUAUCACAUCAAGCGUCAUCACCACCGAGGAUCACAUUGUUCACCAAAAACCCAUGUCCGCUGUGCGACGUUUUGAAAGACGAAUUAGAAACACAUUUUUCAAGUCGCUACCAACUCGAGCAGAUCGACAUUAGUGCCCAGGGCAAUGAAUCUUUCUAUAAAUUAUACAGAUACGAUAUACCCGUUCUAUUUUUAGAGGGACAAUAUUUAUGCAAGCAUCGACUCGACACCCAACUUUUAGAAAAAAGACUCAAAGAAUUGUCAGAAAAAUAAUCCUUGCAUUCCGAAUAAUCCGCCGUUUAUCGUUGUAUAAUAAAAACUUUGGAUUAUA